CGAUCCCACACACGAUGAAUGGUAUAAAAGACAGCGCUGUACCCCUUCUUUUCCCUCUUCUUCUUAUUCCCCUUUUCUACUUCUACAUCAUCUCUUUCCUUCUUUUCAGCUCCCCCUUCUUCACUUUCACACAUACCCACUACUUCACAUCAACAUGGACAGCUACUACCAGGCUUCUCAGAGCCUUAUCAACACUAACCUGGCUCGCUAUCCAGUCUUGGCCGUCGGUCUUCCCCUCGUCGGCGGUUUCCUUUCUGCAGUGCCCGCACAUCGUCAUGUGCAGGGAUACUAUGACUCUUUGAGAAAGCCUGAGUGGGCACCCCCUUCGUCGGUCUUUGCGCCCGCAUGGACGGCAUUGUAUCUCUCGGUCGGAUAUGCAUCCCAUCUGGUUGCCCUCCGCACCGGACCCAAUACUCUUCCCUUGACUCGUAGCUUGGCUCAGACUGGAUUGGGUAUCUAUGGCAUCAACAUGCUCCUCAACUUUGCUUGGUCUCCUUUGAUGUUCUGGAAGAAGAAGAUCGGUGCCGCCCUUGUUACUGCCGGUGGUUUGACUGCCUCCUCGAUUGCUAUUUCCUACUACUUCUUCAAGGUUGACAAGAUGGCCGGUUACUUGACCCUUCCCUACGUUGCUUGGCUCGGAUACGCAACCGCCCUCAACUAUGACGUUUGGAUCAAGAACGCCCAGGGCCCCGCUGCCGACCACGCCCGCAAGAUCGGCAGGGACGUCAACGACGCCGCCAAGCACGCCAAGAACGAGCUCAAGGAUGCUGCUGAGCACGCAAAGAGGGAUGCUAAGGACACUGCUCGUCAUGUCAACAAGAACGCUCGCCAGGCCGCCAACGAGGCCACCGACAAGAUCGACCACGAGCUUCGUUAAAUGGUUUUUCCUUUUCUUUAAUGACCACUUCAGGAUCGAUGAUGAGAUGAAACGCGUGAGAAUAUUCCGGGUUCUCUGAUUUUCAUAAUCCCUUGUACUUUUCCCUCCCCCCUUUUCCCUUUCAUUCUCGCUCGAUGCCUUUGUACAUGCUUAUCAUAAUAAACGCUUUUCUUUAAAUAUAUCUAU